UUGAAGAAAAAACACUCUUAUUCCCGCUCGCUCACUCACUUCCCUUUUCCUUAUAAACCCUAAUUUCAUUCCCAAUUUCACUCACAUCUUUCAAUCCACACUCAAUCGUUUAUCCGUUACAUAAUCGUAUAUCAAUCACAUGGAGGAUUCUUCGAAAGAUCAGUCGUCUGUUUCUGGAAUUAAGGCAGGAGGAUCGGCUAAACUUCUGCGGUAUCCGCUUCGAUCCGGGACUAAGUGUAAGGAUGAUAAGCCUCCUGUAUCGGUUUCAUCAAAUGGUUCAGCUUCUAGAAGGGUGAGACCUUCUUCAAGUGUGAGCCAAAGUGUUAGUGUUCUCGAUUUAUCAUCCAAAGAUAAAUCAACCAAACCACUUAGGAGGCUCUCAAUUCCCACCAAGCCAACUGCCAAACCUACUCCUCAACCGCCAAAAAACAUAACUCCGAUAUCCGAGGCCAGAGCAAACAGGUCUAGAAACAUCGAUGGUAAAAGCGACACUCCAGUUUUGGAUGCUUCUAGAACACUGAACCGAAGGAAAUUCAGUGUUCUUUCGUCAGCUUCAUACUGGCUCUCACACAUUAAGCUAUCUGAAGCUGCUGGAAAACACCAACUGUCACUUGGUUUCUUUAAACUUGCCCAAGAAGCCGCAUGUGAGAAUCCGCAACUACUGAGAGAUGAGCUUAAGGCGUAUGCACUCCGCCACAACAUUAUUAAUUUAGGUGAAUCUGCACAAGAAAUUCUCCUCAGCUAUGAAAUAUCUGAAGACGUAAUACAGGGUAUGCGUUCGUCAUCUGAAGAUGCACAAAGUUUGUCUUCUGUUAAUGAAAAUCACAAACCAAAGCCAAAGCCGAAAUCCUCGAUUGGUUGUGUUGCUAAAGAACCGGUUAAAGAAAAUCACCAGAAGAAACUUGUAUCCAACAUGAAAGUUUCAACAAGUAAGAAGAUAACCGAUCAGCGUUCUGCCUCAGAAGCCGGAAGUCGCAAGAUCCAAAAGAACAUUCAGAAGCCAAUCAAGAAAGAGUUUAACAAAGAGAAACAGUUGGUCAAGAGCAAGGGAAAGAAAUCUGCUGAUGAAGAUGCAAUAAGUUGCACUGAGGAGACAGUUGUUGAAGAAAACAAAGAAAACAUGGAUACUGCCCCGGUGGAGGAAAUCAGUUUGGAAACAUAAGCAUACUCUGGUUCUAGUAAGCUGGAACAUAUCAACUCUUUUUAAUGUCUUUAUUGUUGGGGUUUCGCUUUGUAUAGAUUAUAGAUGGCGUGUGCGGAUUUGUUACAUGGAGUGUUUAUUUUGUCGUGUGUUACUUUGGUGUCUAAAAUGUUAUAUCAUCUUGUAUGAUAAACUCUUUCAUAUAUUGCAUGUGUUGAUUUUAAACUGUA